AUGGUGAGGCUGCCAACGGCGAUGAUAUCUUUCAGCAGGCACUUACUAGGCAAAACCCGUCAUUUGUUUGUUCCUAGGGCAUCUACAACUUCACAGCAAAUACCUCAAAGGGAAAUAGAAGACAAGAUAGAGCAUCAAAUAGAGUUGAAGAGGUUACUUCAGAGGCAAAAAUACAGAAAUAAUAAUGGCAAAAAUGUCAGGAAAUUGGCAAGAGACGAGUUACGCUCUUUGAGAGAGCUAGCGACGGAAGUUUCAUUGAAAGCAAAUGAUGGACUACAUGACGACUCAACAUCUGAUUCGACGGAGAAAGUGUUUGAGGCUAUACACUCACAAAACUUGAUAUCAAAUCCUGAGCUGAAAUCUUCAAAGUAUGUGUUCCCCUCUGUGAUCAAUGACAAGCUUGGCCUAGCUUCGACAUACUUGAUACCCGGAAAUGGAGAAUUCAAACCUCAAUGGGCUCUUAUAGUGCAACAAUUGGAAUUGAGUGGAGGCUUUACAGAUCUUGAUACGAAAACAGUGCAUGCCUUUGUAAAAACAAUACCACCUGCAGAUUUAAAAAAGCUCGUUCCACAACUAAUUCAGAUGUGUUCAGAUGCAGAAAUAGAGAUCACCCCUAAAAUUGAGCUCCUUUUUUUCAAAUCGCUUGCAACUGGAGGUACAGUAACUUCAGCGGAAAUCCAAUCAAUGGAAGCAUACUUUGAAAGAUUCUUGGAACAAAAUGAACAGAAACCCGACUAUUAUGAAACGAUGAUUUGUGGGUACAUCAAAAAUGGCAACAUGAAGAAGGUGGAAAAAUUGUUGAAUACUAUGCAGUUAAAGAAUGUUGAGAUAACGCGUUCUAUAUUUUCAUCAAUACUUCAGGGUUAUAUCUAUUAUACCCACGACCAUGCUAAAGCAUGGGAGACAUUUAAUGCGAUGAAGUUCUUGUCCAAGAAAACGCAGCCAAAUGAGCGCAACUACACCGACAUGGUCUUUUCAUUUGUUAAAAGUAACAGAUUGGAAGGAGCGUUGGAUCUCUAUCAAGAGAUGUUGGAUAAUAACAUAGCCCUAAACCAGAAUGUCUUGGCUUCGUUGGCGAGAGGAUGUUGCAAGAGCAAAAGAUUUUCGACGAAGUCAUGGGAUUUUGUUUUCAAAAUCUAUGAUCAAGGUUUGCUGCCAAACUUACAAACCUACGAGAGUAUGCUAAACAUUUCUGCCUUAGAGGGUAGUGUAGACCUCACAAGGGCACUAUUUGCGAAAUUGAUACAAACCAAUUCUGUCACAUCGAAAGCAGUUUUAUAUUUGAUGAUGUCAUAUUCGAAGCACGACCAUUCGAGUCGCGAAAAAACCAAACGUAGUGCUAUUGAAUUCAACGAACGAGGUCGGAUUUUUAAACAAAACGUGAUGCAGGAUGUCGAUUUUUCAGAAAUCCAGGGUGGAUUCCCUUUCCUCCCCUUGAUUAGCUUGCCUAACAAUGAUGCAGUCCUUGCUGAAGCGACUGCUAUUGUGACAUUCAUAAAGGACUUCAAACCUUGGCUUUUGACUCCGCAAUUGGUCACAUCAUUUUUGAAUACAUGCGUUCAAUUGGGAUCGAUGGAAGGGUUUUUAAAGCAUUAUGAAAACCUCACUUGUCUAGAAGCUACAGCUAUCCCUAAAUCAGGAGGUGAUGGUUUGGAGGUGAUUGAUAAAGUGGAAACCAACCUUUACAGAAUUUCCAGGGAUACCCCGAUUUACAUCACAGCACUAAAGGCAGCUGCAAAAUUCAAGAACUACGACUUUGCAAUGCAACUUCUUAAAGAACGUGGUUGCUACAGAAAAUCAAUCGUGUACCAAAGUAAGCCAAAGAAAAUUCAGCAUGUGGCAGAUUUUGAGUUUGCUAGAGCGUUAGUAGAGUGCUUCAAAGAUUUAAAGAUGUUGAAGGAUGCGUUGUCGAUCGUGCUUCUGUCAGAAGAAAAAUUUCCUUGGAGCUGGAAGGAAUUAGGUGGCUUGGUCGGUGCUGCAUUGACUAUUGAGGAUUUGCAAAUGGUGGAAACAAUCAAGCGAGUGAUUAGAAACAAUAACAAUAGACGCUAA